UAGAGAUGACAACAACAACUGCAGGUCUAUGUGUUUUAGUCAAGAUGGUUCCUUGUUUGCCUGGUGCAAUCCAGAAAGUGUGCACAUUGUGGACACGUCAACCCAUCAAAGUCUCCAUGUAAUAGACAAUCCAAAGGUAUCUCAGAUAAAAUUUUCUUCUCAGGGCAAUAUCUUAGCAACAUGGACUCCGUAUACUGUGGAUCAAAACACUAAAGCUGGACGUCCAAACUUAUUCCUGUGGGAUGUUAAGACAGGAGAACAGGCCAAAGCAUUCAUUCAGAAGAAACAAAUGAACUGGUGCCCUCAGUGGAGUAAGGAUGACACAAUCUGUGGUAGAAAUGUCAACAACGAGCUACAGUUCUAUGAAGACAACAAGUUUGACGCCAUCAAAAACAAGCUACAUCUUCAGAAGGUCUCCGAGUACAGCAUCGCUCUGUGCCCCAAACCCUACAUGGUGGCAGCAUAUGUUCCUGGAAGCAAGGGUCAGCCGUCCUAUGUGCGAGUCUACCGAUAUCCUAAUUUCGGUGGUCAGACAGCAGCUAUAGCAAACAAGAGUUUCUUCAAGGCAGAACGGGUAGCUCUCUGUUGGAACAAAGCAG